UCCUUGUUCCUACUGGGAGAUUGAAAGCUAUUUCCUAUCUUACUGAAAUUCUUUCUAUUCCAAAACGGUCACUUGACUGUAUUGGUUUUGUUUCUGCAGUGUAAGAUCAAAUACCUGAGUCGAUAUGAGGACAUUAGUUCGGACUGUCCGCGAAGUUCGGACUGCUCUGAGGCUUCAAGAAGGUGGUAGUUUCCAGAGUUCUUUUUGGAGGAGACAAAAACCUUUGGUCAAUCCAGUUCCUGUCACUGUAUAUCGGCCACUCCACAAUGAUGGAAUUGAUAGAUACAAGCAUCACAUUAUGAUCUCAAGAGCUCUGCACACCCCUGCUGUUAAAGAUACUAGUGGAGAUGCUGGACAAGGAGGUCCUUUUGUGGAGUAUGAGCGAAGAAUUGCUGCAGGAGAACUUGUAGAUGGUGAUCUCUGCCAGGUUGUUACCUUAAAAGAACUUCAAAGACUGUAUGAUGAGCUUGUUCAGUCUGCCGAUGCCUGUCAAUUGGAUCGGUAUGCGGCUUCUGAUAAAUCUGGGAGGAGUAGGUGGUUGUGGUCCCGUUUCAUACCACAGUUUUCUUCCUCACCUGUCAAAGGACUUUACCUCUAUGGAGGAGUGGGCACCGGAAAAACUAUGCUCAUGGAUUUGUUUUUUGACCAAUUGCCAUCUAAUUGGAGGAAGAAGCGAAUCCAUUUCCAUGACUUUAUGUUGAAUGUCCAUAGCCGCCUGCAAAGGCACAAGGGUGUCACAGACCCACUUGAAGUUGUAGCAGGAGAGAUAUCAGAUGAGUCAGUUUUAUUAUGUCUUGAUGAAUUUAUGGUAACUGAUGUUGCUGAUGCAUUGAUAUUAAACCGUCUCUUUAGACAUCUAUUCAGCAACGCUAUUAUUCUUGUUGCUACUUCAAAUCGUGCUCCAGAUAACCUGUAUGAAGGUGGAUUGCAGAGAGAUCUUUUCUUACCGUUCAUUGCCACUCUGAAGGAUAGAUGUAUGGUUCACGAAAUUGGUUCUUCUGUGGAUUAUAGAAAAAUGACAUCUGCUGAACAAGGCUUUUAUUUUGUUGGAGAAGAGUUUUCAGGCCUUCUUAAACAAAAGUUAGAGCAGUUAAUGGGCGAACAUUCUGUCCAUCCACAAGAGGUGGAAGUUGUUAUGGGAAGGACAUUGCAGGUACCACUGGGAGCUAAUGGAUGUGCAUAUUUUCCGUUUGAAGAUCUAUGUGACAAACCUCUCGGUGCUGCAGAUUAUUUUGGAUUGUUCAAGAAAUUCCAUACAUUGGCAUUGGAUGGCGUGCCAAUUUUUGGACUCCACAACAGGACAGCAGCAUACCGGUUUGUCACUCUAAUUGAUGUGAUGUAUGAAAACAAGGGCAGACUACUAUGUACAGCUGAGGGGACUCCCACUGAACUAUUUGAUAGAAUUGUUUCUGUCUCCGAUGCCAAAAACAUGGCACCCAGAACUUCUUCAAGAUCAAGGAAAAAUGAUGAUUUUGACAUUUGUGUAGACAAUGAAUUGGCAUUUGCAAAAGAUCGGACCAUCAGUAGAUUAACAGAGAUAAAUAGUAGAGAGUACUUAGAGCAACAUGCUGCCAUGUUGACAGCUGAGAAGCAAAACUCAGUAGAAGGCGGCAAAGAAGAUGCUGUACAAGCCUGAUAAAGAGGAUCAUAAGCCUGGGGUAGCCCAAGUGAUUCAUUUUCAUUGACAAUACUCAGUUGAGGGUCAAGGCAUCAUUGGGAGGGGAUGAUGUUGAAAUGAUUCCUGUCCUACUGAAUAAGAUAUGAUUCAUUAUUUGUAAAUUAUCGGGCUGGUAACCUUAGCUGACCCUGGUGAUCUGAUGCAUUGUCCUAAUAAGAUUGUCAAAGUAACAGAUUCAGUUUCCUCUUGGCAGUUAGGGUCAGCUUGGUAGCUAUCCCAUCCAUAUGGAUGUAUUGUUGAAACUGAUUUUUUAUGGGAAUAAUAAUUUGAG